AUGUCCACCGCCAGUCCGCAAAUCCCAACCGCUCGGGGUCCACGCUAUGACCUGAUGGCGGCCAAUCUGGUAAUUGCUGUCAUCGCGGCGCUCCUGCUGGCGGCGGUGGGCAGCAGAGUUACCGUAGUGCAACUGCUGGAAAAGACUGAAAUCGCCGGCAUCGAAGUCAGCCUUGCGGUGGGGGCGGCGGUGAAUCCCGGCGUGAUCGUUGCCGCAAUCGCAAUCUUCUUUGCGGUGUCCGCGGCGAUUUUCUGCACCUUUCACAACCGUCUGCAAGGCCACGCGCUGGCGGCCGUGGUGGCAUUUUGCAGUUGGCUGUUCACCGGCGUUGCUUUCGUAUUUUUCGUCGCAACCCUGGCGCUGACACCGUUAACGCUGGCCGUACAGGUUGGGGUUUGA